CUUUACCUUUACUAUGCUAUUUUUACUAUUUUAGUAUUUUACUAUAUUACUGUGUAUAAUUGUUUUUAUGUUGAUGUAUUUUAUCUGCUGAUGAUGUGUAUUGUGUAUUAAUUUUAUUUUGGUUUGUUGUAAUUAUCUGGGCCCAUGAUAGCCACCCCAAGUCCCUUUGAGGAGAUGGAGGCGGGGUACAAAAAUAGUUAUUAUUAUUUAUUGACACAAAGACAUAGUAUGACACAGCAAACGAGAUAUAUAUGCUGGAUUUCGUAUCACAAAAUCACAAGUCGAACACUUCCCAAGUGUUUAGGACUGUGUGAUGUAGUUAUUAUUAUUAGUAUUAUUCCAGUAUACCUCACAACCUGAGGAUGCCCGCCAUAGAUGUGGGCGAAAUGUCAAGAGAGAAUGCUUCUGGACAAUGGCCAUACAGCCCGGGAAAUGCACAACUACACAUUACUUGAACUGCCCAGGAUCAUUACUAUGGAAGCGUAGGAGUUGUAGAUUUAUUGUGGGAGCUGAAGUCCAAAACACCUGGAGGGCCAAAGUUUGCCCAUGCCUGGUAUAGAUGAACCCUAGGUAUAUAUUCCUAGAAGCCUUUUUGGAGAAAUUCUCAGGCUGGGAACCUGAGGCAGGACAGGGGCCUCUCUCUCUCUCCCUUCCCAUGUGGCCCACUGUGAAGACAGCAGGCCUAGGAGGGGCCUAGUGAGGCCUGCAAGGCCUGAGGCUCCCCACACUCCUCCCAGUAGGAGGGCGAGCAGGGGCUGCAGAGCCUGCAAGGCCUACCCAUGCCCCGGUCCCCCAAGGCCGGCCUCCCCUCGGCAGCGUAGAGAUUGGGGGCAAACCACAGGCCAGAUUCAGCAUCAGCCUCAUGGAGACCUUAUCUUCAUUUUCCUAAGAGAUAUUCUUAAGGAAUGGUGACUGGUGUAUUUGUGACAGGAGCAAGUGCCUGAACUGUGUUGAUGGAACAAAGUCUGUGGUGAAACAUUGAUUAAACGUAACUGAGGGUGUCUUUUUGUACGUGUUUACACCCACGUUACCCUUCUACGGCACCACUUCUGCCCAAGACACAGCCUGGCACAAGCAAAGAUGGAGCAGAAAUGGUGGGAGCUUUUCGUGGCCUUGCUGCUGCUCCUUGACGUGAAGGGGAGCCUUGUAAAGCUCCACAACGGUGGAUAUGAAGAUGUUGUGAUUGGAAUACACCCUAAAAUAGCGGAAAAUGCCAAAAUCAUUAACAGCAUAAAGGAUAUGUUGAAAGAGGCUUCGUCUUAUCUCUUCCUUGCUUCACAACGGAGGUUUUAUUUCAGGACUGUAAAAAUUGUAAUACCUCUAACAUGGGCAUCCAAACCUGAAUAUAAACGGGCAUCCAGAGAAUCUUACGCGAAUGCUGAUAUCAUAGUGGCAGAACCUUUUGUGAAAUAUGGAGAUGAACCUUACACUUCGCAAUAUGGAGGGUGUGGCAAAAAGGGACGCUACAUUCAUUUCACCUCUAACUUCCUGACAAAUGACUCUUUGGUCAACAUCUAUGGGUCACGAGGCAGAAUCUUAGUUCAUGAAUGGGCUCAUCUCAGAUGGGGUGUCUUUGAAGAAUACAGUUAUGAUGCACCUUUUUAUUCUACUGGAAUAAACAAGAUUGAAGCAACAAGAUGCUCAGCUAGUAUCACUGGCCAAUAUAGAUUCGCAACUACUGGAGGCAGAACCAGAAAAUGCAGAAUUGAACGCCACACUGAGCUUUAUGAGCCUGGAUGCCUGUUUAUUCCCUAUAAAAAGCAAACUUCACCGGCAUCGAUAAUGUUCAUGCAAAGUCUGUCUUCAGUUUCUCAGUUUUGUGACAAAAGUAAUCAUAACCUUAUGGCACCAAACAUGCAGAACAAAAUGUGCAGCUACAAAAGUACAUGGGAAGUGAUUUCAGGCUCCGCCGAUUUUGCUAGUUCACGUCCAUUAGGUGCUCCUCCUCCUGACCCCAUAAUUCAUUUGAUGAAAACGCAGUACAGAAUAGUGUGUCUAGUACUCGAUGCUUCUGCACAGAUGGGAAAGGACAAUCGCCUUAGUCGGCUGAUUCAAGCUGCAAAACUAUUUCUUCUCCAGAUUAUUGAAGAAGGAUCCUGGGUUGGAAUUGUAGCAUUCAAUAGCAAAGGAAAUAUCCAGGCUGGGUUGCAAAAGGUUUUCAGUGACAUAGAACGUGAAAGUCUUACAAGCCAUCUUCCAACCACAGCUGCUGGAGAUUGUAACAUAUGUGAGGGAGUGAAUGCAGCAUUUCAGGUAUUUUCGCAAAAAUUAACGAGUACAGAAGGCUGUGAAAUUGUACUUUUGACAAAUGGUGAAGGUUCGGACCUUAGCCCUUGUCUUUCUAAGAUUCAAAGCCAAGAGAUUAUCAUUCAUACCAUUGCUUUUGGUUCAAAGGCUUCAAAUGAACUAGAAAAGCUGGCAGAUAUGACAGGAGGUAAGACAUUUUAUGCCACAGAUAGUUUGGAUUCCAAUGGCCUCAUAGAUGCUUUCGGUGGGAUUUCAUCUGGAAGUGGAGAUGCCAGUCAACAAUCUAUUCAGCUUGAAAGUAAGGCAGAAAAAAUUGCUUCUAUGAAAUGGCUGCAAGGUGUUGUUACUAUUGAUAAAACUGUGGGAAAAGACACUUUAUUUCUGAUUGCAUGGAGUUCAAGUACAAGUACACCAGAAAUUUCCCUGACAGAUCCCAAAGAAAAAAAGUACUUAAAUAAAGACUUCCGAAUUGAAAAUUCCAACAUCCGAACAGCUAGGCUGAAGAUUUCUGGAACUGCAAAGACAGGAAACUGGCCUUAUUCAAUUAAGAAUACUGACUCAGCAGAUCAAGUCAUUUCGCUAACAGUCACCACCCGAGCAGCAUCUGCCACUGUUCCUCCAGUAACUGUGAAGACCUACAUUAGUAACAGUAACAACAGUUUUCCUAAUCCAAUGAUCAUUUAUGCAGAUGUCAGCCAAGGAUUUUUGCCAGUUAUUGGAGCCAAAGUCAUGGCUACAGUUGAAUCCACAUCUGGUAAACCUGUAGAGUUAGCGCUAUAUGAUGAGGGUGCAGGUGCUGAUAUUAUAAAGCAUGACGGGAUCUAUUCAAGGUAUUUCAUAGCUUUCAGUGACAAUGGCAGAUACAGUAUCAAAGUGAAUGUUCACGGGCAUGAUAAAACUUCUAGAAGGAUCCAUAGGCAAAAUCAAGCUAUGUAUUUAUCGGGUUAUGUAGAUAGUACUGGUGGAAUAGUUCUGAACCCACCAAGACCUGUAAUUAAUGUUACAGAUGCCAGUUUUGGCUUAGGAAAUUUUGACAGAAUAUCAUCAGCAGGUAGUUUUAUGGUAACAGGUGUUCCUGCUGGAGGAGGAGGAGGUGGUGGUGGUGGUGGUGGAGGAGGAGGAGGAGGAGGAGGAGGUACAUACAAAGAUGUCUUCCCACCAAAUAAAAUCACCGACCUUGAAGUAAUAUUCAAUGAGAAUGAUGAAUUCGUUUUGACUUGGACAGCCCCUGGGAAUGAUUAUGAUUUUGGACAAGCUGACAGAUAUGAAAUAAAAAUGAGUGGAAACCCAUUGGACUUAACAGAGGCUAACUUUGCUAGUGCCACCUCUUUGGACACUUCUGCUUUGAUACCUGAAUUUUCUGGAGACAAACAAACCUUUCGGUAUGAGCCAGAUGAACUUGCAAAAGAAAAUGGCACCCUAAUGUACUUUGCCAUUCGUGCCAUCGAUGCAAGCGACAAUGUUGGAGAAGUAUCCAAUAUUGCAAGGGCCACUCUGCUCUUUCGUGCUGCGCCUCCUAGUACUUCUACCCAACCUUUCGUUGUGAUUGUUUUAUGCAUUGCCGUUAUUGGUGCUGUUUUAGGCAUAGCAUUAUAUGCUUUACAUAAGUGGAAACAAAGUCGUCGUGAGAGCAUGGUUAGCAUGGAUUAAACGGCGACCAGUAGAAAUGUUAAUUGAAUACUACAUGUUUACCUUCCAUUGGUAGUUCUACAUACAUUGUGUAAAAAACAACAACCAGCAGCAUGAAGCUCAUCUGUAUUUUUAUGUAUAAUCUCAUGAAUGACUGCAUGUAUGACUAAAUUCACACUAUGAAGGCACCGCCUAGACAUAAAAUCUUUCUUUUUAGACUGAAAAGUUAAAAAAAUUAAAUGGAAAAUUUCAUUAAAGGGGAAAAAAAACCUGAGUUUGUUUUAAGAAUUGUUGUAGGAACAAAAUUUCUUCAAAGUUACAAGAAUAAACUGCUAAUUAAUUUUGUGAA